AUGGCUUUAAAUGAAUUUUCCUUGACUUUAGCCCCUUCAACCAAUGCCUCUGCAAUUCCAGCAGCUACAGCCACAACCACAACUACGGGCAUAGAUUCGUUAUCAGCAUCAGCAUCAACGGCUUCAACAACAUCAACAACCGUAAAGUUUAAGUCACCAUUGCCAAGGUCAUACUUUGUAGAGCGUACGAAAUCAGGACAACUACCCGUUUACUCUGAGUUCAGGAAUGCUGGCAGCCGUACUCUGACUGUUAUUCGUAAAAUUCAAGGAAAUGCAAAAGCAUUAAGGACUGACAUAUUGGAGACAUAUCCAGGAACAGAAGUCCGUGUUAAUGAUCGUAACAAUCACGUGAUCCUUAAAGGCUUGGUAAUGGAUGAUGUUCGUCAGUGGCUGACCGCCAAGGGCUUUUAA